GCUUUGCCCUUCCUGGAUAACUGUAACAACAGCGAUGGCGGCUGCUGCACGGUUCUUUGUCCGUGGUGCCCGCUCCAAACUUCCCAUCUCUGGAGUUGUCCCCGGCCCUCGGAGCUCCUUUGCUGCCGCUCUGCUCAAGUUGUCCCCGGGCUCCAGCUCCCGGACACAACGGAGACAUGCAGCGCACUUUACCUUCCAGGCUGACCCCGAGCCGACGCAGUACGGCCCCACGACGAAGAUGAACAUGUUCCAGUCGGUUACAAGCGCUUUGGACCACACUCUGGCCAGUGACCCAACAGCAGUCAUCUUUGGGGAAGAUGUUGCCUUCGGGGGAGUGUUCCGAUGCACAGUGGGUCUGAGAGACAAAUACGGUAAGGACCGAGUCUUCAACACGCCCCUCUGUGAGCAGGGGAUUGUGGGAUUCGGCAUUGGUGCGGCUGUUGCUGGUGCCACAGCAAUUGCAGAGAUCCAGUUUGCCGACUACAUCUACCCGGCCUUUGACCAGAUUGUAAACGAGGCAGCCAAGUACCGCUACCGGUCCGGCAACUUGUUUGACUGCGGCAGCCUCACCAUCCGGGCGCCGUGGGGCUGCGUCGGCCACGGGUCGCUUUACCACUCGCAGAGCCCCGAGGCCUUCUUCGCUCACUGCCCCGGCAUCAAGGUGGUAAUACCUCGUAGUCCGGUGCAGGCGAAGGGACUGCUCCUCUCCUGCAUCGCUGACCAGAACCCCUGCAUAUUCUUUGAGCCCAAGAUCCUGUACAGAGCUGCAGUGGAGCAGGUUCCCGUGGAGUCCUACACCAUCCCUCUCUCGCAGGCCGAGGUCCUUCAGGAAGGAAGUGAUGUCACGCUGGUUGCCUGGGGGACACAGAUCCAUGUAUUGAGAGAGGUGGCCAAUAUGGCUCAAGAGAAACUGGGAGUGUCCUGCGAGCUCAUCGAUCUACAGACCAUCCUGCCGUGGGAUGUUGAAACUGUUUGUAAGUCAGUGGUGAAAACCGGACGUCUUGUCAUCAGCCAUGAAGCGCCAAUAACCGGAGGCUUUGCUGCUGAAAUUAGCUCUACAGUUCAGGAGCAGUGCUUCCUUAACCUGGAGGCUCCCAUCAGCAGGGUCUGCGGUUAUGACACGCCCUUCCCUCACAUCUUUGAACCCUUCUACAUCCCAGACAAGUGGAAGUGCUUUGAUGCGAUUAAGAAGAUGAUCAACUACUGAACCCGUCAGGGCUACCUUCUGGUAUUCCUGAACUUCACGUUCUUUCUUCUUCCUCUUCAUUUAUCACAUCAGUGGAGCGCCGCCAGGAAAAGACACUUACCAUCUGAUCGGGAAGCAGCAUCCAGAUGGUCUCCAUGUCCUCCAGUGUCUUCCAGCUAAAAGACUGUUACAGCACCUCUGCAUUUGGGAACUUCAUUCUUUUGCAAGGGAAAAAAUUACAAGAUCCACUCAAUAUCGUGAAAUACUGCUUGGCAUCGUCACAAUGCACAUCAUUUGACUUCCUCUUUAUAAGUGUUGGAUGCUGUGGGGAAUAUUGUCAACGUAUUUGAUUGAACUUCUUGUGUUUGACUUCCUCUCUGUGCUGUUACCUUACAUUGAAUGUGUGUAGCUCUGCUCUAAUCUUUAUUUAGUUGGACCUUUACUGACCUGUAUUGUAUUAAUAUAGUUGAUCUGUGGUUUUUAUGGAAAAUAAAUCAGAUUUGGUGAAAACAUUGUU